AUGUUGAUAUACCGACUCUGCCUAGUAUUUUCCGUAUUUUCUGUAGCAGUGGCUAGGAGAGGUGGAGGAGGAUUUCGAGGGUCGUCACGUGCCCGAUCAGUUUCUUCUCACCGAUCGUCGUCGUCACAUUCACAUUCACAUUCACCACGAUUCACGAAAAAAUUUUCCAAAGUUGGUUCGAUUCAACGCACGUCGAUGUUUCGAGCGACUGUGUUUGGCGCAGCCGCUGGCUACCUCACAUUCCGAGCUGGCCGACAUAUCAUUAAUGAUCCUAAUCAACCGAUUAUGUUUGAUUCUCGUCCUUAUUAUUGGAAUAGCGAACUUCAAACGCCCACAGAGGAGUUUCCUGUGCAGUGCGUGAACAAGAUUGACCCACAAGAUCCACAGUUUGGUCGGGUUUAUUAUGAGAAUGAAACUCGGCCAACAGAGAUAGCUUACGCCUGUGCCGAAGGAGAUUACUGUUGCGGGUACGACUGCUGCCAAGAAAGCACUUUCUUCACAAGUCUUUUCCGACUUUUGGUGCUGAUUCUAGUCCUUUCCGUAGUGGGAGUUUUCUGCAUAGAAGCCUUCAGAUGGGCUCUGAACUCAUAUAAAAAGAUUUUUCACAUAUUUUUGCCUUCGACCAAAGUCGCGGACCUCUGCCAUAUGCCUUAAAACUGUGAUCAAAGAAGAAUUGUGCUACUUACACAACGGGUGCUAUAAGAAUCUGUGACGCAACUGACACUAGCGAAUGAUUCAUUUAUGUGAUACAUAUCGUUUUUAUAAAGAUUUCCCUAUUC